AUGGAUGCAAAUGCUUCAUAUUACUCUUUCACAGUAGAGCAUACUGAAGGAAUGCAAGUUUUAGAGUCUAGAACACAGAACCUUAUUAUGCUCUAUGGACAUGAUCAAAAAAAUGAAAAUAAAGUUGAAAAAUUAGAAUGGCUAAAUAUUAACAUCUAUUUAUUUUAUAUAUACUACUUAGCUGAUGAAACUAUUUCACUAUGCUCUGAAAAUGGAAAAGGUUUAUUAGAUGAAAUUUAUCAGUUUUCUAAAAAAACACAAUUAUCAGAAACUAAAUUAAAACUAGUAUUUAUUAUUGAUUCCUAUGAUGGUUCAUUAAAAGAGGAUGAUGCAUCAAGAUUAAAAAUUACCCUUGACUAUCUAAAAUAUGGUUCAAAACCACCAAAAUGUUCUAAUCCAUAUGGCCUAAUCUCACUUCCAAGACCAUUUAAUAAUGUAUCAUUAAGAGAUUCUUUAAAAAAUGAUUUUUCUCCACUCAAUAAAUUUUUAAUUAAUAGAAUUAAUAGUGAUAAAUUUGGUCGAAGAUUAUUUUAUAAAACUGCAAACAUUUUAGCAUCUGAAUUUUGGUCUGAAUUUAUAAAUCAUUGUUCAAAUUUAGAUCCCAAUUUUCUUAUAAAGGUUGCUGAGCAUUUUAUCCAAAUUGAUAAUGUAAAUAGCCCAAUGUUUUAUGAAACAAUAAAAAAAUCAAUCACACAAAGAGAAUUUAAAAUAUUAUCAAAUGGAAAUGAUUCCAAUGUAUUUAUGUUCAAAUUUUAA